GGAGUAGGUAGUCACGAACGGAAAUCUUUCAGUUCUGUCAGAAAGCACUGAAGUGUAUUUAUCAGGUCGUAGUGUCGCGGAUAUCGGUGUGUAAGCUGCGUUCAGCGCGGUUCCUGUCAUUCAUUGCAUCAGCAGCAACGUGCUGGAGAAACCCAGGACGCAGAAUAACAACUGCUGAAGUCAGUAAGCUUCACUUCUGGAAGAGAAGUGCUUAUUAUAAUAUUAUAAUAUUUUUAAGCCCCCACACACACACAAACACACACACUCGGGUUUGGAAAUACACAAGACAAGAAUCUGCAGUAUGGAUGAAGGAGAGCUAGUCGAGUAUUUCAGGAAGCAGAUGAGCCAAGAUCCAGAUGUGGCCUCGGCAGUGGCAGCUAUCCGCUCUCUCCUGGAGUUCCUGAAGAGGGAUAAGAGCGAGACCAUCGUGGGCCUAAGAGAGAACUUGACCAAAGCCAUCGGCAGGCUGGAGGAGGCCGAUUCCUCUGUGGCCGUGUCCUCAGGAGGAGAACUCUUCCUUCGGUUCAUCAGCCUCACGUCGCUGGAGCAUCCGGAUCUCUCCCAAUGCAAGAAUUUGAUGGUGGACAGAGGCGAACUUUUUCUGAAGAAGAUUUCCUUGUCCCGAGGCAAAGUGGCCAAACUUUGCCACACGUUUAUUAAAGAUGGCGCUAAAAUCCUCACGCACUCCUCGUCGCGGGUUGUGCUGAAAGUCCUAGAGAGUGCAGCGGCUGACAAGAAACGCUUCACCGUCUACGUGACGGAAUCUCAGCCCGAUUCAUCCGGUCAACACAUGGCCGAAAAGCUGCGAAGACUCAGUAUCCCGGUCACGAUAGUGCUCGAUGCUGCAGUUGGAUACAUCAUGGAGAAGGUAGACCUGGUCAUUGUCGGUGCUGAGGGCGUGGUUGAAAGCGGAGGCAUUAUUAAUAAGAUCGGCACCUACCAGAUGGCGGUGUGCUCCAAAGCGCACAACAAGCCGUUUUACGUGGUGGCGGAGAGCUUCAAGUUUGUGCGUCUUUACCCGCUCAACCAGCAAGAUGUGCCUGAUAGGUUUAAGUAUAAAGCAGAUACGCUGAAAACCGCUGAGGAUUUUAACCAGGAGCAUCCGAUAAUCGACUACACACCUCCGUCGCUCAUCACUCUGCUUUUUACCGACCUGGGUGUGUUAACGCCGUCGGCGGUCAGCGACGAGCUUAUCAAGCUCUAUUUGUAACCCUAAGGGCCAUUACAGAGACACACAAUCAAAUCAAGAUCCUCCUGACCUUGAUGCAAAUCCACCACGGCCAUCUCGGUUUCUCUCAGAACCGAUGUCCUUGAUUUAAAUAUGCAGGUCGAUCUGGCACUCAUGUACUAGAUGUACAGGUGAAAACUUUCUUUUUUUACACUGUGUACAGUAAUAUGGCAUAUAUCUUGGACAAAUGCAUCCUCGGUUCUUUCAUCUUUCCUACUUAAAAAUAAUAAAAAGUUGUGAAAAUA